AUGAAGACUAGUACUCAAGUUCUUCUAAGUUUGAUGGCCAUUGGUGCUUCCGCUUACCCAGAAGGAACACCGACAGCAGAAUACUCUCCUGUGGUCACUGGAGACGGAUGUCCUGCCAAAUACGACCCAAACUGCCCAUACUUCUGUAAUAGCCGUGGCCAGGGCAGCAAUUGUUCCCCAAAUUUCAUCACAGGCCCGGGUACCCCAGGUUGUUUCGUCUGCCCUGGAAUCCCAAGCGAAUGUCCCAGUAAACCCAAUGACUCUUGCGCAUACAUCUGCACCGGGUCAGCGGAUAUCAACCUUGGACCCGGAAGCCCCAAUGUUUUCUGCGCGCCUUCGGAUGCCAGUUUAGAACCUCUGGGCGAUAGUACAACAAAGGCAAUUACUUGUGUAAUUUGCUCGGAUGAUGAUGAUGGUACCCCUACAGACCCUCCUCCCUCGGAAGAUACAGAAACACCUACUGUGCCCCCUCCCCCAGAAGAUACGGCUGCGCCUCCACCUGAAGAUACGACUACACCUCCACCUGAAGAUACGACUACAUCUCCUCCACCUGAAGAAACGACAACAACUAGUACUCCUCCACCUUCAUACAAUACUACUACACCUACCAUCCCUUCUCCUCCCCCUCCUCCUCCUGCAUACAAUACGACAACACCUACCCUCCCUCCACCCUCGGGAAAUACGACUGUAGUCCAACCACCAGAGUACACCGGCGCAGCCUCGCGUGUUUCCAUCGGUGGAGCGGCGAUUUUAGGACUUGCUGCUAUCGUUUUGUUCAAUUUUUAA